AUGGAGGAUGUUGCCAAUCAAUGCGGAGUUGGAGAAGAAGAGAUCGCCGAGAUGAUGCAAGAUCCAACAGACCCCCGGUGGCGGGAAGGAGAUCUUGUCAAGGAAUAUGUCUUCUGUCAAAAUUCUGUGCAGCAAUAUCUAGACACAGUGGAGGAUAUGAACGAGGAGCUGGCGAAGAUCAGGGACUUGACUGCGAUAGACGGAGCCAACAGUCAAGCCAAACCGCUGGAUAAAAAGUCCCAUCGGCGGCAAUGGAAGAAGAUGAUACUCGUGCUCAAGAAGGAUGAUAUCACCCGGCACCUUGAAGAAGCCGGGCGCCUAAACACCUUUCUAGCGCGACUGACGGAACAAAAUCAGCCUAUAACCACUACACGUCGUGUUUCACGCAGAAGCACUAAGCACUACGUACGAAUCCAUGCCCACGCAAUUGAUCUAUAUGAGAUAUUCCAGAACAAGUUUCCAGCAUCAUCUAGCUGCAAUUGCAUGCUGCAGCAUGACGUGAACAUGAAACUAGAAUUCCGCAGUGCAAAAACUACCGCAAGGGGCCUCUGUUUCCAUGCAAUAUUCACUUCUAGUAUUGUGUUUCCUUCGAGAAAUUGGCGAGAGAUGGAGAUGGAGCCUUGGAAAACGAAUGAAAACAAGCUCUGCCAGGACACUGAGCAUCAUGCCCAAGUGAGAUUUGCCGAUCCUCCCUCUCCAACGGCAUCCAUUUAUGAAGACAUCUCCGACCUGUGCGCAACAAUCAUAGGGCCAUCAUCAUCACGGGAUUGGCUGGGAUUCAUCACAAGUGAGAAAGGCCGACAGCAUCGUAUCAGGUCAAUGGAUUAUCAUCAAAGGCUACUGGACUUCAAAAGGAUUGAGACUGUAUCCCUGGCCCAAGUCCUUCGUGAUAAGUCAUUCCGUCAAGAGCAACGAUCUCGGCUUGGGUUAAAGUUAGCAUCUUCGGUGAUGCAGCUGCAUACUACGGAUUGGUUGACGGAUUUCUGGAGCAAAGAUGAUAUCUUAUUCCUUCGUUCAUUGGAUGGCACGGUUGACUUCGACGGCCCCUUGAUUCGACGCAGCUUUGAAACUCGGAAUAUGGAUUUGACUUCUAUAUCCCAAAAUCUUCCAAGGCCAUGGUUGAAUGCAUCGAUUCCAUGUCUAUAUUCACUGGGAAUCGUUCUUCUAGAGCUUUGGUACCGAGAGAUAUUUGAGAACCUAAAAAAUGAAGCUGAAAGAAAGAUGCCACCAGAAUUCUCCGACCCUUUGGCAGCGCGACGCCUGGCCAAUGAGAUGGACUCUGGUCCAAACUUUAAGAACAGUGCCUUACGGUGUAUAUCUGGCCUAGACGCGCUAUACACAUCACUGACAGAAGAGAAGUUUCAAAAUGAGGUGGAAGAGAAGAUUCUCUCUCCUUUGGAAGAAGACUUGAAGUUUUACUGCAACAUAAGGUCAAUAGAGGAUUACAUCAACAACUUCAGGCCUGCCCAGGUGGUGUUGAGGUGGGCUGACUCAGCGGCUUUGCGCGAAAUGCCCGCUGGGACGAGCUCUUUGCUCUACUCGUGCAUCGCGCAUCGCACUACUAUUCUCGCCGAACACUCCUCACCGGGCAGUUCAUCGACCGUCGCCUCGUCACUAGCCUCUAUCAUCCUCCCAAAGAUCACACACGACAAGCCACAAAAGCUCACCUUCACCCAUGAACGACUUUUCGUCCAUUACAUUGCCGACUCUCCAACAGGCAACCAAUCCGACGAUGGCAACAUUGCAGAGCCCAACUCGCACGCCCCCCUGAGCUUCGUGGUAGUUGCAUCGGCAGAGCAAGGACGCCGUAUCCCAUUCGCCUACCUACUAGAAAUGAAGCGCAAGUUCUUGGCCACCUAUGAACCAUCCACAACCGAGUUCGCCUCACUGCCGGCCUACGGCUGCGCUGCCUUCAACAACGAGCUGCGCUCUCUCCUACAAGCCUACAACACCGCCCCGCCAGCAGACUCUCUCGCAUCAGCCCGGCGCGAGAUUGACAGUGUCCGUGAUAUAAUGACCGAGAAUAUCGAGCGGGUUCUGGAGCGCGGCGAGCGCAUCGAUCUGCUGGUUGACAAGACGGAUCGGCUUGGCGGGAGUGCGCAUGAUUUCCGGAUCCGUAGCCGGGGACUGCGGAGACGGAUGUGGUGGAAGAAUACUAAGUUGAUGAUUAUGAUAGUGGUCGUUGUUAUCUUCUUGCUAUAUCUGUUCAUCGGCAUGGGAUGUGGACUACCUGCAUGGGGGAAGUGUGUUGGACACUAG